AUGGGAGGCAAGUGUCCUAGCAGGAAGGUGAAGAAGAGAAGGUUCUCUCACAAGCAGGCUCGCCGCACCAAAUUCGAACUCAUGGGCGACGACGCGGUCUACGAUCAGUUGCAGAAGCCCGACGCCGUUAGGAAACCGAUGCCCUUCGACGAGGAUUUACCUGGCAUGGGACAGCACUACUGCUUGCACUGCGACCGAUUUUUCGCCAACGUGACUGUUAGAGACGAGCAUUUCAAGACCAAGAAGCAUAGGAGACGGGUGAAGAUGUUGAAUGGUCCUAAACCACACACUCAACUUGAUGCUGAGUUAGCAGGUGGUAGCAGCAGCUGCAGUCAAGCUGAAAGAGAAGCCCUUAUAAAUUUCAAAGUCGGUAUCCAAGACCCUUCAGGCCGGCUAUCUUCUUGGGAUGACAGCAACGGAGACUGUUGCAAAUGGCAUGGCGUUGAAUGUCGCAACACUACUGGUCAUGUCGUUGAGCUUCAUCUCGGAUGUCCUGGUUGUGGUGGGAAUUCUAUGAUCAAGGGCAAGAUAAGUCCUUCCUUACUUGGGUUGAGGCAUCUGAGAUAUUUAGACCUUUCAGGUAACGACUUUCAAGGGAUUCCGAUUCCAGGUUUUCUAGGCUCCAUGAGCAGUUUGAAUGCUCUUUUCCUUGGUGGAGCUGGAUUUGCCGGAACCAUCCCUCACCAACUUGGAAACCUCUCAAACUUGCAACAUCUUAGUCUGCGCGCUGGUCAUGGCUAUGUACUACAUGCUGAUACUUUGCAGUGGCUCCCUGGUCUUUCUUCGCUACGAUAUCUUAACUUGAGAGAGGUUGAUCUCAGCAAUGCUUCCGAUUGGCUCAGCAUGAUAAACACUCUCCCUUCUCUUUCUGAACUCUAUCUUUCGAGUUGUCGAAUAAGCCACAUUCCAUCACAUUUGAUGAAUGUCAACCUUUCAUCAUUGGCUGUUCUUGACCUGUAUGGCAAUAAAUUUGCUCCAACCUCGCUUCCCGUCUGGAUUUCUCAUCUCAAAGGCCUGACGUCUUUGGAUCUAAGGUUCAACAAUCUCGGAGGUCCAAUUCCUGAUGAGCUUCAGAACCUUACCUCCAUAAGAGCUCUUCAACUGUCUUUAAACGACUUCAAUGGUUCCAUACCAGACUGGCUGUUCAGUUUUCCCCACCUAGAGGACAUAGAUUUCUCUGGCAACAAUUUGGUUGGUAAAAUAUCAAGCUCAAUUGGGAACUUGACCUCUCUUGUCGACCUCGACUUGUCAACCAACUGGUACCUUGAAUUUGAAGGAGGGUUUCCAGCGUCAAUCAGAGGGCUUUGCCGAUUGAGCUCGCUCUCUCUAUCAGGUAUAACUGUAAAGCAUAGUUUAUCAGAUGUGCUUGAAAUCCUUGGUGGAGACUGCCCUUCAGAAACACUUCAGGUACUGACUCUUGGGAAUUGCCUGCUAUUUGGUCAGCUGACUGAUGACAUUGGCAAGUUGAAGAGACUAAACCGUCUGGUGCUCUCUAACAACUCCAUAAAUGGUCCCCUGCCAGCGUCAUUUGGGGGCAUGGCAUCCUUGGAGUACUUGAGAAUGGAAGGAAACAAUAUAAAUGGGACUCUUCCUGCGAGUUUUGGCCAACUAGCAGAGCUGAGAAAUGCUGACAUUUCUCAGAACUCAAUUGAGGGUGUUGUUUCCUCUGACAUUCACUUUGCCAAGCUCACCAAGUUGGCUAGUCUCCGCGCAGCUGAAAACAAGAUAGUGUUGGAAGCGAAACCAGGUUGGGUUCCUCCCAAGCAGCUUGAGAUACUGGACUUAAGUUCAUGGUAUGUUGGGCCUCACUUCCCCGUAUGGCUCCGAGAAUUCGAGCAUCUCAUGUCCCUUGAUCUCUCCAACUCUGGAAUUCUAGAACCCAUUCCUGAUUGGUUCUGGGGCAUGCGUUCUCAGUUCUUCUAUCUCAACAUGUCUCACAAUCAGAUCCCUGGGAGACUUCCAAAUUUCAUCUCAGUUCGUUACUUUGACUCAUUGUUUGAUUUGAGUUGGAACAGCUUGGAGGGUCCCUUGCCAGUUAUCUCUUCCAACAUGACUUUCUUGGACCUUUCCAACAAUUUGUUCUCCGGCAACUUGCUCAAGUUCUUGUGUUUCAAUCCAUCUCAGGCAAGGGAGACAGAGUUUCUGGACCUUCACGGCAACUUAUUGUCCGGAGAGAUACCCGAUUGCUGGAGGAGUUGGCAGAACUUGAAGGUCUUAAGAUUGGGCAGGAACAACUUAAAAGGGAAGAUCCCAGAGUCCAUUGGAAGCUUAAGCAACCUUCUGUCGCUGCACAUUCAGAACAGCAGCCUGAGUGGUGCAAUCCCUUCAUCCCUUGCCAACUGCUCAAACUUGGUCUCCCUCGACUUAGCUGACAAUGUGCUGGAAGGCAACAUUCCAGAUUGGAUUGGGGAGCGCUGGCUAUGGAAGCUGUCCAUCUUAAAUCUGCGCAGGAAUAAGUUCCAGGGAAAAUUUUCUGAGCAGCUUUGUUCUCUGCAAUACUUGCAGAUCCUGGACCUUUCACAUAACUUUCUGUCUGGGAACCUGCCACAGUGUGUGGGUAACCUCAGUGCCAUGUCUGGUUCUAGAAAUGACGAUAAUUAUGAUGAUGAUCAAGCAGUGAUUUACCUGUUCUUUGGCGGAGCCAAAUUGUUUUUGGAAUACCAAGUUCUGGUAGCACAAGGGCAGGUCAAGGCUUACAGCACCAUAUUGAACUAUGUCAGGAGUUUGGACCUUUCAUGGAACAACCUGUCAGGAGAAAUCCCAGAAGAGAUCACAAGGCUUGGGGAUCUGAAAUAUGUCAACUUAUCGCGUAAUUCAUUCUCGGGUGGGAUUCCAGGGGAUCUAGCUUCCAUGACAUCCUUAGAAUCACUGGACUUGUCUGGAAACCAGCUAUCUGGAGCAGUCCCUACAGGCUUGGCGAGCCUGACUUUCCUGAACCACUUGAACUUGUCGUACAACAGCUUGAGCGGGCGAAUUCCUUCGAGCACUCAACUGCAGAGCUUUGAUGCGUCCAGCUUCAUGGGCAACAAGGGACUCUGCGGCCUUCCACUGAGUGCAAACUGCAGCAGCAGAAACAACUCUGUGACGGCGGGUUCUUCUUGUGAAGAGAAUGAAGACUACUGUGAUGAUAUGGAGUGGUACGGCAUCAGCAUUGUGCUUGGCUUUCUUGUUGGAUUUUGGGGCGUAGUUGUACCAAUUGUUGUUAACACAAGAUGGAGAAGCUUGUAUUUUGGUUUCUUGGAUCGCAUGGGGAGCAAGAUCAGGACCUUGUUCAUGGCUGGCGCUGGUGGAGCCUUUCAUGGAGCAAGAGAUGAUUCCUGGUGA